CAAAAGUAGUAUUACGUUUGAAAUUAUUUAUUUCUAAGUUAUUUAGUAUAUUAAACAUAAGUUUUGUUAAAAUAAUGUUUUAGUAAAUGAUAUUUGUGAAUGUUUAAAUAAAUAAACUAUAGACAUAGCCAUACGGUAUUUUAUUUAAAUCAUAAGUUUGCAACAAAUUAAGGACAGUAUCAUGGAGCAGGACAAUCCACGUGCCAACUAUAUUAUUAAUUUCUACAACUUUAUUAAUAAUAUAAACUUGUCACAUAAAUUCAUGCAACUACUACAAUCACAUCCAUGUGCUUAUAUGCUUAAUUAUAAUCAGCUAUUCACGGAUGAGGCUAAGAAGGUGUUUAUGUUUUUGGAGUUCACGAGAGACAGGGAUCCAUGCAAUAAGCUGGCUGAAAUAUUGACCGAGUCGGGGCAAUCGGGUGCCGCCCAACAGCUCCGGGAGUAUAAUAGGUCGGAACAGCCCAUGCCAUACCAAGAUCAAAUUAACCUAGAUGUUAACCGGGCUAUUAUUUUGCGCUCAGCCACCACACGAUGGUAUAAAAUGGACUCCAACCCCCGUGGUAGAGCUGUCAUAUUUGUCCAGGAUAUAAAAUACACAAACGAGCCUAUAGUGGUCAACCUGGACAACGAGGGAUUAAGAUUCAAGCACAUUUUCGAUCAGCUAGGUUACGACACUCAGAUCCACAUGCGAAAAUCUUGCACCGAAAUAAUGAGCAUACUAAUUGAGUAUGCUACUUCCGAACACCCUGGUGACUCAUUCAUUAUGAUGUUCACCGGGCACGGAUUUAACGGGAAUAUAUGUGGCAAUGACAAUUACGAGCAUGAUGUCUUACCCAUACAAAAUGUACUGGAUCUGUUUUCUGAGAAAAAUUGCUUGGCAUUACAGAGCAAGCCUAAAGUGUUCCUGUUCAAUUGUUGCCGAGAAAGUAUGUAAUUAAUUGGUAAUUCAA